AUGAGCUCCGUAUUGACAUCCUACGAAACAGAGUUCCAAACCUCCUUUGAACAAACAAUAAACGCAUUAAAAGGAGCACCAGCGCAACAAUUACCACAAAGAAAUUCCACAUUAAAACAAAUUGAAGAACAAAAAGAUGAAUUGUUAGAUUUAACAGAUCAAAUGGACAUUGAAAUUAAUAAUUCCAUGUCCAUGAAUCCAAAUGAUCGUGCCAUAUAUAAGGCGAAAUUACGUCAAUAUAAGAAAGAUAUUGAAUCACAAAUUAAAAUCCCUUUACAAAAAUUAAUAGAUAUGAAAGAUAGAGAUCUUCUGUUUGGUGAUUCAUUGAAUAACAUGAAUAAUAACAACAAUGGUAUGGAUGGGACCACAGAAGAACAAAGACAACAAAUGUUAGCAAACCAUGCAAUCUUACAAAAAUCAGGUGAUAAAUUAAAAGAUGCAAGUCGAUUGGCUAAUGAAACAGAAGGAAUUGGAUCACAAAUUAUGAUGGAUUUGAGAUCACAAAGAGAAACUUUGGAAAAUUCGAGACAAACUUUGUUUCAAGCAGAUUCCUACGUAGAUAAAAGUAUAAGAACUUUGAAAGUUAUGAGUACGAGAUUGAUCGCUAAUAAAUUUAUUAGUUACGCUAUCAUUGCAGUUUUAAUUUUACUUAUUCUUUUGGUGCUUUUCUCGAAAUUUAGAUCGUAA